GUUGAUGCAGCAGUACCCGAACGCUACAAAACAAGAUAUAGAGGACAAUUUUGAGGGCAAUCUUUGCAGAUGUACAGGUUAUCGCCCCAUUCUUGAUGCCAUGAAGUCUUUAGUUCCGGCCACAACCACGGAUAUAGAGGAUUUAUCAAGAAAACUUUGUCAGACCACGGGUAAACCUUGUGGGUCCCGAACUGGAAGCUGCGGUGGUGGAUGCCAGAACCAUAGCGACUCUCGAUCUAUCAAAAUGGUGUUCGGUGAUACUAGGUGGCAGAAAGCAGCAAAUCUAGCGGAUCUAUAUCAGAUGUUAAGUGCGGCUAGCGGGCAGAAAGUUCGACUCCUGGGUGCUAACACAGGCACAGGUUAUUUUGAGAAUGAGGCUAUCAAGAACUUUGACGUUGUUAUUGAUAUAUCAGGAGUACCAGAGUUAUAUGUGAAUACCCAUGACUCACAGACCAAGACGUUCACCCUAGGCUCAUGUUUGAGUCUCACUAAUUUGAUGGACCUUUUCAAAAGUGAGGCAGCCAAGGUCGGGGCAACCCAGAACUUUGAUGAACUGAAGAAGUAUCUGUAUAGAGUCGCUUCAUCUCCUAUAAGGAACAGAGGAACAUGGUCGGGUAACUUGAUGUUAAAGAAUAAAUAUCACAGCUUCCCGUCGGACGUGUUCAAUAUUAUGACAGUUCUAGGAGCUUCACUCACCAUAGGUCCAACACCACAAAGUGUUGUAACAUGCGAGGCAUUCUACAAUACGGAUAUGACAGGUAAAUGUUUGACAAAAGCAACAUUUACAGAGUUUGGCCCCAAUGAUGUCGUCGCUUGUUUCAAGGUCAUGCCAAGGUCACAGAAUUGUUUGGCUCACGUGAACGGAGCGUUCCGAUGUGCAGUUGAUAAGACUCACGGUUACCUAGUAACCAGCCAACCAAUCAUAUCUAUUGGUGGUAUCAGUAAUACAUUUCACAGGGCAACAGCAACAGAACAAUAUCUGUACAGAAAACAGCUGUCGUCUCCUUCCACCAUACAAGGUGCUCUGAAUGUGCUAGCAAGUGAACUAAAUCCUACAGCCGGGUCCGGUCUCACCAGUAUAUCAUAUAGGAAGACGGUCGCUUGUGCUCUACUGUAUAAGUUUGUCCUGCGUGUUCUUGGAAACACGGCCAGUUAUCAAUACAGAAGUGCCACAACGGUUCUACAUGAUAUACGGCCUCUGUCGUCUGGUGUCCAGUCAUAUGAUACAAACAAACAAGAGUGGCCAUUGAAUGAACCGCUGAAGAAACUAGAGGCUGAUAUACAGUGUACGGGCGAGGCGGAAUAUACCGAUGAUUUGCCGGCGUAUCCCGGACAACUUCACGCAGCGUUUGUGACAAGCACGCAAGCUAACGCUACAGUACAAUCAAUCGACACAGCCGAUGCAUUAAAAAUUCCAGGUGUUGUGAAAGUGUUGACAUCGUUUGAUAUUCCCCAAGAUGCCGAAAAUGACAUUCAGCCUCCUCUAUCAAUAUCAAACGAGACCGAACCCGAAGAGUUGUUCUCUAGCGGGAAAGUAAUGUAUUAUGGGCAGUCGCUGGCACUAGUAGUUGCAGAAUCGCAAGCGAUAGCCGAGGAGGGAGCAGCCGCUGUAAAAGUUACUUACAACAAUAUAAAAACACCAGUUCUUACCAUAGACGAUGCCAUAGCCGCUAACACUUACUUCAAGAAACCUCUUCCAGACAUUACCAUUGGACACCCUGACCAGGUUAUCGCCGGUGCAGCACAUCAGUUGAGCGGUUCAUUCAGCACAGAAGAGCAGUUACAUUUUCACAUGGAAACACAAGCCAGUGUAUGUAUCCCCACAGAGGAUGGCCUUGACCUUGUAUCAACCACACAAUGGCCGGAUUCUAUACAACACUGUGUUAGUAGAGUGACAGGGAUACAAAAAAGCGCUAUAAAUGUAACUGUAAGAAGACUUGGUGGAGCGUAUGGCGGGAAGAUAACCAGAAACAAUUUUGCUGCUGCGGCGUGUGGUCUGGCCGCCAAAAUCACCAACAGGCCGGUAAGAAUGAGACAGACGAUUCAGAGUAACUACAUAAUGUUAGGUCGCCGGUACCCGCACAAAAUAAAUUACCGCGUUGGUUUUGAUGACAGCGGUAAAUUGCUCGGAGUUGAUGUGAAGUUUUAUGAAGGGCUGGGAUGCCUACCUGACGAGAAAUCCGCUGCUAUGUUUCCAGGAUCCAUUGAUAAUGCUUAUUAUUGUCCCAACUGGAAGAUGAGUAUGGAAGCUAUGCGGAUGAAUACAGCUAUGCACACAUCAACAAGAGCCCCUGUGACGACACCAUGCGUAUUUAUGAUUGAGCAUAUUAUGGAAAGAAUUGCUAGGUCACUCAACAAAGAUCCUGCAACUGUUAAACAACUUAACUUCUAUAGAGAAGGACAGUAUACUCCGGUUGGUUCUGUUCUGACUCAUUGUAAUAUGAGUGCUGUUAUGUCAGAACUGAUGACGUCAGCUCAAGUGCAGACGAGACAGUCUUUGUUUACAUUCUUUAACAAGGAUAAUCGCUGGAAGAAAAAGUCUUUAGCCGUGGUUCCGGUAAAGUUUGGACUAAGCACUGUUUAUAGCAUGUAUACUGUAAACGUAGCCAUUCACAGCAAGGACGGGUCUGUGUCUGUAAGCCACGGAGCUGUGGAAAUAGGACAGGGAUUGAAUACAAAGGUGGCGCAAGUUGUUGCUUAUGAGUUAGGAAUACCUGUAACUAAGGUAACAAUUAAAGCAACCCAGUCGGUAUUUAGCGACAAUAAUACACCAACAGGAGGCAGUGUGACAAGUGGAGAAAUUUGCAAGGGGGCAAUUAAUUGCUGUCAAGUGCUCAUUAACAACAUGAAGCCCGUAAAAGACAAGAUGGUGGACCCGAAAUGGGAAGACCUUGCCGAGAAAUGUUACCAAGAAAAUGUCGUUCUUAACUCUAGAUUCAAUGUGGCCGGUGUCCAUCCAACGAAGCCUGGGGAUGAGAUUUAUCAUUAUUAUUCAUACGGUGCUGCCUGUACCGAGGUGGAGCUAGAUGUGCUGACCGGAGAGUACCAAAUCAAUAGAGUGGAUAUAGUCUAUGAUUGUGGUGAAAGUUUGAACCCAGCAGUUGAUAUAGGCCAGGUGGAAGGAGCAUUUGUGAUGGGUCUAGGUUACAGCCUUACAGAAGAGGUGGCGUACGAUCCACAGACCGGCAGGAUGAUGAAUAAUGAUACAUGGGGUUAUCAUCCACCUACGAACAAAGACAUUCCAAUAGACUUCAGAAUCAGCCUGUUGAAAAAUGCACCAAAUCCGUCCGGUGUACUCCGUUCAAAAGCAAGUGGCGAGCCUCCAUUGAACGCGAGUUGUUCUGCGUUCUUUGCUCUAAGGAAUUGUAUAGAGGAAGCCAGAAAAGACGCUGGACAAACCGGAGAAUUUGACUUCCAACCACCUGCGACGAUUGAAAAGGUCCAGCUGGCGUGCUUGGUCGAUCCAUCGCAAUUUAGUAUAUAAUCUUUAAUAUGAACAAUGGACAGUGAUAACAACAGUUUACGAAAAUAACACAGAAAUAUGGUAAUAUAGCGAAAUACGGUACAAAAGCGUGCAUUUCCAAUUUGCAGUAACCACAAAUUUGUACGUGUUAUAAGUGACAUACACAUAUGUAAAAAUACAUGUUUAUUAAAGAUUGAUUAAAUCAAGUGUUAUAAUAUCCAAUAAAUUAUUUGAAGACACUUAUUAUCGUUAUCAUGUUGUGUUUUGUAUAAUCAUUAGAACGUGACAUGUAAAAUGUUUUUAUAUUUAACUGCAUGACAAAAGUUUAUGUACAAAUGUUUAAUAAAUGUAUGUUCUGUUCUAAAAUUGAUGCGGACCAAUAAGAUAUUUUGGAAACGUUGAACAUGAGUUUUUUUUAUAUCGUUUUGUAGUUAGUGUGUAAAUCGAUAGCAUAUUAUACAUACAGACAAAAAAAUAUUCAAGAAUGUUGAAAUGUGUAUACAUGUAUUAGUGAAAUAUAAAAUUUCAUGGUUAAUUAACGAGUAUAUUAAUUUGAUAAUCUGCUAAUUGUCAGAUAUAUGUGUGACAUAAAAAGCAAUUAUUAUAAAAAUGAUCAAUAACAUUUUUUUUCAAUUUAAUUUUUUUUUAUAAUUGAUAUACUGAUUACAUUUGUAUGUACAUAUACAUAGGUCUAUGUUUAUCUACAUUGAAAGUAUUACAAACAAUUAUAAUGUAGAAAUAGCUUUAUAAAUGAUAUUGUUAAAGUUUCUUGAUUGGAGAGUUAUAUCUAUUUUACUUGGAAUUGUAAACAUUGAACCUAGUAUUUGAAAUAAGUUUACGUAUCUGAAGAAAUACAAUAAAUUGUUGAUAAUUACAUA